AUGGUCGCAGCUAUCUUCAAAGAUUUGGUCAUCACCGCUGCCGAAGGCAUCCCUGAUGAUUUUACCAGACAGCAGGUGUUCCAUUGGACUAACCUCCGCAGUGGUGAGUUUUCACGUCACUUGAGCGAGUCGACGACUCAUCUUCUCUUCACCGAUGAAGAGUUCGAGUCCGCACAGAAGCACCACCGAAAGAGAAGGAGCAGGACCAAGGGGGCAAAAAGGAUUCAUAUCUUGCACUGGAAAUGGUUCAGAGACUCUUGCAUCCACAACAAGAAGCUUCCGAUGGAGAUCUACAGAUACGAUACCAUGAAAACCAAAGCGAAGAAGGAGGCCGAAGCGGAGGUCAAAAGAGCCCGGGCUGCAGACCAGGCUUACAGGUGGAUCCGUCCUGAGUGGUACAGUGUUGCCAAAGACUCGACUUCCUUCGAGUACAAGGUUGAUCUCUUCCGAUCAUCAGAGAACGAGGACGGAGCUCUGCACGAGAAGUACGAACUUUAUCUCUUCCAGUCCCACUCCUCCCGGCCGCACAUGUACUGGUUCGGUGCGAAGCUUUUUCACAAGAAGAAUGACGGCAGGUGGAUUGAGCGCGGCGUUGAGCGCCCAAGUGGCUGUUGCUCAACCUUCCGGAAUGAAUUUGGCAGGUUUGUCAAGUUCUUUGAGCUGAAGACCAAGAUUCGAUGGGAAGACAGAGUCAUCAAAGCUGGAACCAGAGAGAAAACUGCGUUCAGUUACUCCCCACCGACUGGUGGAAAGCCUGUCGGAGGCAAAAUGGUCGGUGAGCGAUACAGCCAGGCUGUCAGAAGCAACAAGAAGUUGCGCCGGCGCUAUGCGGAGCUGUUCGGAGACGAGCUGCCGUCGGACAUCCAGAUCGAAGACGCCUGCGAUGACAUCCUGAAGGUCAUCCUAAAUGAGGUAUGCGAAUCCCUUGAGAUGAACGCCGAAGAGGAAAACGGAGUCAAUGAUAUGACCGAGGCCAGCAAGAAUCCAAGCCUUGGUAAGAACGACUCUUUCGACUCUGACAAGGAAGGAAACGUCGAGACCGGCGCUCUUUCUGAUCCUGGCAUCAUGGCUCAGACUUCUGACAUUGAAGACACCGUCAUAGAGGGUCACAUUGAGGACCUCUAG